GGUCCGUGCGGUCUGCGGGCCGCCAUCGAAGCCCAGCUGCUCGGCGCCCGGGUGAUGGUGGUCGAGAAGCGGGACCGGCUCAGCCGCAACAACGUCCUCCACCUCUGGCCCAUGGUCAUCCAUGACCUCAAGGCGCUCGGCGCCAAGAAGUUCUUCGGCAAGUUCUGCGCCGGUGCCAUCGACCACAUCAGUAUCCGCCAGCUGCAGUGUAUCCUGCUGAAGGUGGCGCUGCUGCUGGGCGUGGAGCUGCACGAGAACGUCGGCUUCGAGCAGCUGGUGGAGCCGUCCGACGAGCGGACCGGCUGGCGCGCCCGGCUCAGCCCGCCUGACCACCCGGCUGCCCGCUUCCAGUUCGACGUCCUGAUCGGCGCCGACGGCAAGCGGAAUACGUUCCCCUGCUUCCGACGCAAAGAGUUCCGCGGGAAGCUCGCCAUCGCCAUCACGGCCAACUUCGUGAACCGGCACGAGGCCGAGGCGAGCGUGGACGAGAUCUCCGGCGUCGCCUUCAUCUUCAACCAGAAGUUCUUCAAGGAGCUGAGCGCCUCCACCGGGAUCGACCUGGAGAACAUCGUUUACUACAAGGACGAGACGCACUACUUCGUCAUGACCGCGAAGAAGCAGAGCCUGCUGGCCAAGGGUGUCAUUCUGGAGGACCACGUGGACACCAGCCGGCUGCUGGCGCAGGACAACAUCGACCGGGCGCGUCUGAUGGCGUACGCGCGCGAGGCGGCCGACUUCUCGACGGACGGCCAGCUGCCGCAGCUGGUGUUCGCGCUCAACCACUACGGCCUCGAGGACGUGGCCAUGUUCGACUUCACCUGCAUGUACGCCGCCCGCCACGCCAGCACGGUGACGGUGCGGCACGGCCACAGCCUGCUGCUGCAGCUGGUCGGCGACAGUCUGCUCGAGCCGUUCUGGCCGACGGGCAGCGGGUGCGCGCGCGGCUUCCUCUCCUGCUUCGACGCGGCCUGGCAGAUCCGCACGUGGGCCAACCCGCGUCUCACGGCGCUCGACUGUCUGGCCGAGCGCGAGUCCACGUACCGGCUGCUGGCGCAGACCACUCCCAAGAACCUGAGCAGUGAUCUGGGCGGCUACAGUCUGGACCCGCGCACGCGGUACCCGAACCUGAACCUGCAGGCGGUGGGCGCGCGCCAGGUCUGCCAACUGGUGGACGCCGACGACGCCGGCUGGCUGACCGGCCAGCUGGCGGCGGCGACGGCACGGGAUCACCAGGUCGACCUGCCGCCGCACAAGCGGCCCUACCAGCCGAUCGAAGAGGAGGCGCUGCUCCGCUGGUGCCGCCGCCGGCUGGCCGACACCGACAUUGACGUCACGGAUGUCACCGACUGCUUCCAGUCAGGUGUGGCGCUCUGCGCGAUGCUGCACAGCUACCGGCCGGAGCUGCUGGAGCCGUCGGCGCUGCCGACCGAGCCGCUGGCGGUCGCCGGCCUGGCGCUGCGCCUAGUGGAGUCGGAGCUGGGCGUGGCGCCGCUGCUGACCGGCCAGCAGGUGGCCGGCCUGGCGCCGCCAGACCGGCCCGACCUCAUACGCUACGCCAGCCUGAUGUUCGACGCGCUGCACGGCCUGCCGCCACCCGGUCGGCCCCGGCUCGUCGAGACGCUGCCGGAGGAUGCUGGCUCGCCGCGGCGCACGCCGCCGGGCCGCGCCGCCCAUGACGGCCACCACGCCGCCAACGGUGAUACGCUGCGGCGACAGCGCAAGCGCAAGAGCGAGGCGGCGCACCCGAAGACGAAUCGUGUGGCACCCGAAGCCAAGAAGGAUCUCAAACAGCCAGUCCCGGAGCUGUCCAAGAAGGAGCAGUUCGCCUCCAAAGUGAAGGACCUCGAGGCCAAGUUUAGCGGCACGUACCAGCCGCCCGACAAGAAGGCCAAGCCGGUGUCGAGGGUGAUCGGGCGCAUCGAGAAGACCGACUGGAACGUGCAGCAGAUCGAGCGUAAGAUCGAAGAGAACAAGCGGACAGUCGCCAGCCGGGACUGCGCGCUGCCUUGGAGCCGCGACGCCUUCAGCGACAAGCACCUGCACGGCUCGAACCGCGUGGCUCAGAUAGCGCAGCGGUUCGGGGCGAGGGAGCACGGCAGGCCGCCGCCGCCACCGCCGCCGGCCCAGGGUUCGGGCGCCGCCGCCGAGACGUGCCACUUCUGCUGCCAACGCGUCUACUUGGUGGAGCGGAUGGUGGCCAACGGGAAGGUGUUCCACCCGCCCUGCUUCCGCUGCGAGUACUGCAACGUCACCCUGAAGCCUCUAAACUACGCACACGACAGCGACACGGGACGGUUCUUCUGCAUGCCGCACUUUGGCCUGCACUCCCUGGUGAAGUACAAGUAUCAGAGGAACGAGGUGCCGACGGUCCUUCCAGAGCCUGCUCCCAUCGCUGAGGUGCCGCGCGCGCUGACCUCUCGCCGCGGCGUCACCCCGGAGCGCGCCGAGUUCGAGAACAGCGUGGACCUGCUCUCUGAGGACGAGCCUCUCUCGGAGAUGGACGAGGACGAGUGGACCGACCGUAACUUCCUCUCCACGGCUGAGUUGGCCAGCGGCCUGGAGUCCAGUGACGACGACUCGUCGCCGGGCUCUGACGAGUUCGAGCCGGCGCUGGACGACGACGAAGUUCUCCGGUUGGCCGAGAGAUGGCAUCUCCUCCACACGGACCUGGCCUCGGAAGACGGCAGUGAUCUGUACGAGUCGGAUGGCGUCGAGCACGCCGACGAAGACUCCGACACCGUGACCCAGUCGGAGACGGAAGAGGAGGUGUCGGCCCGGCUUCUGCGCCAGGAGGAGGUCCAACUGACCGACGACGUGCUCAAGUCCCGAAACCACGGCAGCAAGCGCGGCGACUCGAGCGACUCGCCGACAUGCUCCGGCUCCAGCUCAUCCUCGUCCUCGUCGGAGAACUCCACGGCGGCGUCCUCCGACUCGGAGUCGUCGGACUCUGAGGACGGGCCGCCGCCGCCGCUGCCGGUCGGGCCGCCGCCGCUCAUCGUCAUCCAGGACUCGGACGGCUCCCCGCGACCCGGCCGCCGCCCGGAGCCGAUCGGCGCCGAGCGCGACUCGGCCGGCUCCGGCUCCGGCUCCGGCCCCGGCCCCGGCCCCGGCGCCAAGACGAGGAGGGAAGCAGUCGACGCGAAGCAGGACUCCGUGGCGGGGCAAGGCGGGGAGGCGAAGCGGAGCCCAGCGCCCUCCAGUGGCCGUUUGGCCCCGCGCGCCGCGCCCAGCUCGGCCCCCGCCUGGCGGAGCUCACUGGAGCUCAAGAAGCAGUACCUUGCCGAGCCCUGCCCGGCGUCGCCGGCCGCCUCCAAGUCGCGCUCAGCCAGCGAGCUGAACUCCCGCGUCAGCACGUUCAUGAGCCGCAUCUCGGAGAAGCAGCGGCUGUUGGGCGGGCGCGCAUGCUCCGGUUCUGAGAGCUCAGAGUUCAGACAAGAGGUGGACGACACCUUCAAGGACUUCGACGCGCUGCUGGAUGACGUGGACGUGACGGCCCUGGAGCGGGACUUUGACGACAUCUUCGAGCAGUCCUCGUCUGGGGAGGAACACCGUCAACUCUGGGACACGACUGCCGAGCCCGCCUGCGAUGCUGUCGGGGAAGACGCGACAGUCGACGUGGUGGGCUGUGACGAAGGAAGCGAGACAUCGCAAGACGACGUCGGCUCCCACCAGAGCGUCAGCAGCGGCGACCUGUCGAACACGCUGGAGGACCAGUCAGCAGCUGGCAGGCAACACACGGGCCGCGUGUCGCCGCCAGAGGUCGCUCUCGAAGCCCACUCACCGACAGACCCCACACUCAUCAAGUCGGAACAAGAGGACGAAGAAGAGGAAUCCUGGGUAUCGGCCGAGUCGCCGCCGGCGCACCAACGCUCGGCGUCGGACGGGGACGGUCCCGCCUGGAUACCGCAGAGAUCCAAGCUGCGGACCGUGAUGAGCUUGUGGCCGCGGCCGCAGACGCCGCAGAGCUCCGAACGUCGACGGGCACCGCCCAGACCGGAGCGAAGUUCUUGCAAACUCAAGGCGCUUAUGAUUCGUCGGGCAUCCGGUUUGAUGCUGCUGGACCAACGGAUCUAG